UUGGGCGAAUUGCUGCCCACUUGGUCACCGCAGCUACGAGUCAGUCCUUCGGCCGGCUGUCUGCCGCCUUUCCAGGUAGCUGUUCUCGCCGGAAAAAUCUCCGCUUACCACCAUAUCUCGCCUGAUCCGGUGCCUAUGUAUCUGGAUUGGACGCAGGACUACCACGCGUAAGCAGACAGAGCGUCUGCUUGCUUGGACCGAACCGGUUCUCGCUUUCUUGUGUGGUGGAGUGCCUGCCGGCCCUUGGGCCCACACUUAUUUAUCAUGUUGUUGUAUAUUUCCUUUCAUGAGAAUCCAGGGUUUUAGUACAAUUUGCGAGGCUGCAGAAGGAGCAUGUUUGUGCAUUCUGAUGUGGUUAUGACCAGCUUAUUUCCAGUAAUGGGGCAAUUCUGAUAUUUUCUUUAGCUUAAAGAUAUUUUGUCAAAUGUCUCAGUGAUAAACAUGACUUCUUACCUCAGCAGCCUCCAGGAUUAGAUACAUUCAAACUUAUCAAACAGAAAGGAAGUAUGCGGUUGUCUUCUUCACUACAAGAUCUACCUACUUAUACUAAAGUAAAUUCUGAAGAAUGUGAUUCUGUAACAGAUAGAAGUUAUAACAGCAAAUCUUCACGUGUUUUACAAAGAGAAGCUGCUACUUCAAGCUUUUCAAAGGAGAAAUCCUUAUCAGCCUCUACAUCUAUAUCUAAGCAAUGGAUACGUGCAAGCAUAUGUUUUUCUUUGCUUCUCCUAUUAUUUUUAUUUAUGUACGCCUGCUCAAUAUAUUUUAGGAAAUCUUUCAAACAUGCGUCAUCCAAGUACUAUGUUGUCCUUGAUUGUGGAAGUACUGGCACUAGAGUGUAUGUCUAUCAGAGCUCACCAGUUCAAUAUAAAGGUGAUAGAGUUUUACCAUUUUCAUUAAAAUCUUUACCCGAAAGCUUCCAAAAGAAAGCCAUUUCUCAGAGUGGUCGUGCUUAUCGACGAAUGGAAACUGAGCCGGGUUUUCAUAAACUUGUACACAAUGACACCGGUUUGAAGGCUGCCAUCAAUCCACUUCUGAAGUGGGCUGAGAAGCAAGUACCCGGUCAUGCUCACCAAAAUACUGCCAUAUUUCUGUAUGCUACCGCUGGUGUUCGCCGUCUACCAAAGUCUGAUUCACAAUGGCUUCUUGACAAGGCAUGGUCUAUUUUAAAGAAUUCAUCUUUCUUGUGUCGCAGAGAAUGGGUCAAGGUCAUUACGGGAAUGGAGGAGGCUUACUAUGGAUGGUUAGCUCUUAACCAUGACAAAGGCAUGCUGGGAUUGUCACCGUCCAAAGGAACAUUUGGUUCACUUGAUCUAGGAGGUUCAUCAUUGCAAGUAACUUUUGAGAUUGACAAACCUGUUAAUGAUGAGACUGGUGUUAAUUUGAACUUAGGACCUAUUAGCCAUCAUUUGAGUGCAUAUUCACUACCUGGCUAUGGACUCAAUGAUGCAUUUGAUAAAUCUGUCUUUUACCUUCUCAAAAGGCUUGCCAGAACUGGAAAACCUGUCUCGACUGCUGACAAAAUAGAGCUUGAGCAUCCAUGCUUACAAACUGGUUACAAUGAAGAAUAUUUUUGUUCUCAGUGUGCUAUGGUAAACUCUGAAGAAAGUCUUCUGAUUGGAGGUAGAGCUGUGGGAAAAGGUGCUGCUGGAUUGCCUAUUAAAUUGAUUGGUGCACCUCAGUGGGACGAGUGCAGUGCACUUGCGAAGCAAACAGUUAGCCGAUCUGAAUGGCCAGACUUAAGCCCAUCCAUUGACUGUAAACUAAAGCCUUGUGCUCUUAGUGACAGCUUACUUCAGCCUCGUGGAAAUUUUUAUGCCACUUCAGGUUUUUUUGUGGUCUUCCGAUUUUUUAAUUUAACCGCUGAUGCUUCCUUAAAUGAUGUUCUACAGCGAGGUCAGGAAUUUUGUGCAAAAACUUGGACUGCUGCAAGGGGAAGUGUUUCCCCGCAGCCUUUUAUAGAACAAUAUUGCUUCAGAGCUCCCUAUAUUGUUUCUCUCUUAAGGGAUGGAUUGCAUAUUGAAGAUGAGGAUGUUUUCAUUGGCUCUGGAAGCAUUACAUGGACAUUGGGUGUUGCCUUGCUGGAAGCUGGACAGGCAUUUUCAAGCAGAAUUGACAAGGGUUUCAGAAUACUUCAUACAGAUAUAAGUCCCAGCAUUCUUCUUCUAUUACUUGUGAUGUCAGUUAUUGGAGUUUUAUUUGCACUCUACUGUGUUAACAAUCCAGUCACAAGAACUUGGCUUCCCCAGCGUUUUUAUCUUCCAUUGUUUAGAAGAAAUAGUGCAGCUUCCUCUGCAAGGGGAAUCCCUUCUCCUUUUGGCUUGCCAAGAUGGAUUCCUAUCAAUACAGGUGAUGGAAGAACAAAGAUGCCACUAAGUCCAACUGUUGCUGGCUCUGAACAUCCUUUUGCCACUGGGUUUGGGUUGAGUGGUGGCAGCAUUCAGUUUGGUGAACCUUCUUCCCAUCCGUUGGGAUUUUCACAUAGUAUUUCCUCUGGAAGCUUGCUUCAGCUUCCAUUUGGUGAUAGAAGUAGGCCGUUUUGGAGUCCAAACAGGGGGCAAAUGCUUCAGAGUCGGAGAUCUCAAUCCAGAGAAGACCUUAUUUCAUCGAUUGAGGCUCACAUGGUGAAAGUUUAGUACACAGAUUACAAGCCAGGUAUGACCAAUCUCAACAAACCAGAGCCACCAAUGUGCAUAUAUUGGAUGAUUGGAGUAUUCUUUUAAGCCUUAACUUCUCAGUUCAUGACUGUAAGCUUCAAGAUGCGGCACAUUAGUUCGAAGCAAAGUGAAGAAUCCUGAGGAAUCGGGUUCAAGCAGUCAUCUUACCUUGAAAAAAAAGAACAAUGUAGGUUGAUUCUAAGAUUUCUUAUGAGAACUUCAGAACCUAAUGCUGCUAUAUUUUGCCCAGCAGGUAUGCAAAACGUGUGCACAAAUUUUCCUUCACCUGCUCUAGAAGGUUUUUCUUUUCCAUUAUAUUGUUGUGAGACUUAAAAGAAUUUGCUUCAAAUUUUUUGGAACCUUAAUAAUGUUCCCUGCAAACUGAGUUGUAUCUAA